GAAGCCAAGAAAGUUAUGGAAGAUCAAAACAAACAAAAGUCUGUAGAUAGCGAACAAAAAAUGGAUACGCAUAUUGAGGAGGAUGAUGAAUUCGAAGAGUUCCCACAGCAAGAUUGGCAAUUUAAAGAAGGUGCGGAAGAUGAAGAAGAACUGAACGUUUGGGAAGAUAAUUGGGAUGAUGAAGCAAAUGAAAAUGAUUUCUCUAAACAGCUGAGGGAAGAACUUUCAAAACAUGGCCACGGCACCACAACACAAUCGAAUGUGUGA